CGAGGCCUCGCAUCAUCGGUAGAAAAGUAGCAGUAGCUCUGAACUCUGCAGAGUAUUUCCAGAACGUUCUGGACAUUGAAAUCAGAGAGGUCAGCUCAAGUUCAACAACCAUCGCCAUGUAUAUAGAAGUUCGUGAACUGUCCAAGACGGAAUCGUAGAUCUACAAGCAUCACUUCCCUGGCUCCCAUUGUCAAAGACUUUCGGUACGUUCGAUGACCCCUAGGCAUAAAUUCUGCCAAGGAUUUAACCUCAAGGUUAUUGUUUGUUCUCUUCAAAGUAGCGACGACGGCACCAAAGUGGUCCCAAGAACGGUGACAUCAUCCAUACGUGCUUGGGACGGGCAAUCUCUAAGAGAACCAAGUGAAUACGGAAUGUCAAAGUCCGUGGAAGCGGCUUUACGUCAGUGUUAUCUUAAAUCAAAUUAGACAUGCAGAAAAGAAAAAGUCGAUCUACUCAAGGUAAUGUGUGUUUGUGGAGACCGAAUAGCCGUAUAUCACCGUCCCCAAGUUGUCAGUAUUGUGUACUUCCAGAUGACGGUAGACAAUUGGAAUCUGGCGUAGCUGGUACGAAGUGCUGUGCCAGACAUGAGUGGACAUGUCGUACACGAUCAAGCCAAUCGCAAGAGCGCCGAAAACAAAGGCUGGUAACAGAACGAAGUGGCGUCAGUGAGCUCGGAGGUUGGGUUUAAUCAUCGGUUUUGGAUCAUAUAAAAACAGAUGUUAAAGUCAUUGCCCAGGUUAAGCGGGUGAAACACUGCCAGAACCGAAACCAACUGUAAGCCACUUUGUUCAACUCUCAUGUUUACUUUACAGGUUGCACUGUGACAUAAAUGACAGACGAGAACCAUGUUCAGAGUUGUGCCCUGCAACUCUGAACAUGGCCCUCCAUAUCACAAGUAUUGCGCAACGUUGUCUGAAAAGAGCUGUCAGCACUUCUCUGCCCAGUCACAUGUAUGAUUUGUGGCCACGAUCACCUAGGGCAGA